GGACUCAGCCCUGUAGUAUUGACAAUAGGGUGAAAGGAGAUCAUUCCCCUCAAACUAGAGACACUUUUAAGGAAAUUAAACUUAACCAGAAAACACGGGCUGCACUGAAGGGACGCGAAUUCAUCAACAAAGCACGCAAUGCGUCCCAUUUUUGUUUAAAUGCAUCCAUAUUUUGUCAUUGAUGGGAUUAUUUCACUAGAAGGUAAAAAGCUGGUUGUGGGAUUGGCAGUUUAAAGGCCAAGAUUAAGACAUUUUUUUUCUUUCUCUCUUGGUUUUUCUGCCUCUUAAAACGGGACUGGGAGCCUCUUUCGUGUUGACAGAGAAGUGUUGCUAAAGGAUCAGUCAUCAUCAUCAUCUUCGCUCACAUAAACACAGAGGAUCAAGGGCUAUGUCCUCAGCAGCCACCACGCCUCCAUCAGUGGACAAAGUGGACGGGUUUUCCCGAAAAUCUGUCAGGAAGGCUAAACAGAAGCGCUCUCAGAGUUCCUCUCAGUUUCGCUCUCAGGGCAAACCCAUCGAGCUCACACCCCUCCCUCUGCUCAAAGACGUCCCUGCUCAGGAGCAGCCGGAUUUGUUCCUGAAGAAGCUGCAGCAGUGCUGCACCGUAUUUGACUUCAUGGACACACUUUCUGACCUGAAGAUGAAAGAGUACAAACGGUCCACGCUGAACGAGCUGGUGGACUACGUCACAGUCAGCCGGGGCUACCUCACAGAGCAGGCCUACCCUGAGGUCGUCAAAAUGGUGUCCUACAACAUAUUCCGGACUCUUCCACCCAGCGACAGUAACGAGUUUGACCCCGAGGAGGAUGAACCCACUUUAGAGGCUUCGUGGCCACACUUACAGCUGGUGUAUGAGUUCUUCAUCCGGUUUUUGGAGAGUCAGGAGUUUCAGCCCAGUAUUGCCAAAAAGUACAUAGACCAGAAAUUUGUCUUACAGCUGCUGGAACUGUUCGACAGCGAGGACCCACGAGAGAGAGACUAUCUGAAGACAGUCUUGCACAGAAUCUACGGCAAAUUCCUGGGGCUGAGGGCUUUUAUACGAAAACAGAUAAAUAAUAUUUUUCUACGUUUUGUUUAUGAAACUGAGCACUUCAACGGAGUAGCCGAGUUGUUGGAAAUUCUGGGAAGCAUUAUCAAUGGCUUUGCUUUACCUCUGAAAGCAGAACAUAAGCAGUUCCUGGUGAAAGUGUUGAUUCCUCUCCACACAGUUAGGAGUCUCUCUCUCUUCCACGCACAGUUGGCUUAUUGUAUUGUACAGUUCCUAGAGAAAGACCCCACAUUAACAGAACCAGUCAUUAGAGGCCUUCUCAAGUUUUGGCCAAAGACGUGCAGUCAAAAAGAGGUGAUGUUUUUGGGGGAGCUGGAGGAAAUCUUGGACGUGAUCGAGCCCACGCAGUUUGUGAAGAUCCAGGAGCCGCUUUUUAAGCAGAUCUCCAAAUGCGUGUCCAGCCCACACUUCCAGGUGGCUGAGAGGGCUCUGUACUACUGGAACAACGAGUACAUCAUGAGUCUUAUCGAGGAAAACUCCAACGUCAUUCUGCCCAUCAUGUUCGCCAGCCUGUACCGGAUUUCCAAAGAACACUGGAAUCCGGCGAUAGUAGCUUUAGUGUACAACGUUCUGAAAGCCUUCAUGGAAAUGAACAGCACUUUGUUUGAUGAACUCACUGCCACCUACAAAUCAGAUCGUCAGAGAGAGAAGAAGAAAGAGAAGGAGCGGGAGGAGCUGUGGAAGAAGCUGGAGGAUCUGGAGCUGAAGCGAGGCCUGCGGAGCGACGCCAUUAUUCCCACUUAACGAAGCGCCAGCCGCCCAGGAUCGCUUUCCCAACGCCUCCGGAAAACACUCCCAGAACGUUGGCCAGCGCCCGCAGAGUCGUUUUUGGGGUUUUUGUUUUAUUAUUAUUAUUUUUUUUCCUUUCUGUAUUGUGCGACUUACUUUACAGUAGAUUCCCAUCGUCUGUUUCAUUAUUUCAACAGCACUGUAAAUAACUAUUUUUUUCCUGCUAUUUUUUUCCCUUGAAAAUAUUACACUGAACAAGAAAAUAAAAUUAAAGUAAAAAAAAAAAGGACUAAAAAAAAAAAUCGAAAACGAUAAAGAGCCCCCUCACUGGAGUGGGUCGUCAAAGGACUUGACCAGACAGUAGGACUUGAAAUGAACUGCUACUGUGGAGAUUUAACAACAACAAAAGUCAGCAGCAAAAAGAAGCUAUUUGGACCCUCCCACUAUUCGACCCUUCAUGACUAAAUGACCCCCAACACCUGGACACACACACACUCCUGCAGUCUCUCGCACUCUUUCUCGCUCUCACUCACUCGAUGCCGCCUUUUCUCCUGUACCUUCUCUCUCGUGCCCUCCCUCCCUCCUUUCCUCCCUCCCCCCUCCCUGUCACUCUCUCACACUCAUCUCAUGCAUUUUCACCACACUUUUCCUCUCUCUCCCUCUCUGUCUUGCUCUUUCUCUUAUACACUCCCUGUCUCACACUUCCCCCCGCCACACACACACAACCCCUCCCUCCCCUCUCCUGGCCUCUGGAUUGAUCCUGAGUGGUCAUGUCGUCCCGUCGUUUCUGUUUGGAGCUCUGUAAAUGAAAUCUGGACACUGAUGAGGUUCAGUAACGGUAACCAGCAAAGAGAUCACGCACAGCCCAGCUCACCGAUAAACAUGUUUUAGGUUGUUGUUUUGUUUUUUAUCUUUCUGUUCUUCGGGUGCUGCACAGAGUAUUUCUGAUCUGAUCGGUUCUGUCCUGGUUUGGGUUUCUGGGCUUUCCUCUCUUCAGCACCAGUCUGGCACUGGUACCAGAAAACUAACAGCUCAUUUAAAAACACACACACACACACCACCGCUGUGAGACGCGGAGGACCUGGCACCAAACCGGAGGUUCGUAUCGGCGCACGUGUUCGCCUGUGUGUGUGUGUGUGUGUGUGUGUGAGACUGAGAGGGAGUUUCUUAUAGUGUUAAUCUGUUCAUUGUAACUGAAAGCAGCACACUGAUAUGUUGUAUCUAGUAGAACCAAUGGCUCUGUAUUUGAAUAUAUAGAUAUAUAGUCAGAUAUACGGUCAUUGAAUAGAACCUUUAGCAUAUAUAUUAUUUUUCCUUAGGGUCUGUCAGAGUAGCCGAUCUGCUGAGGUAUUACUGAACACCACCUCAUGGUAUUUAAAAUACUGUUGU